AGGGAGACAACCGCUGACAAAGUGUCUAUACGAGGGUGUGACAAGGGUGACCUGGUACUGCUGUGUCUGGACGAGCGGCACGACCAGUAUGUGGUGUUUACUGUUGGAACCAUCCUGCACUUCUUGCAUAGUGAAUCUCGUGAGACUCUCGGCCUCAAGACAUAUGGUGAAACUACUUGUAGAAAAUCGUGGAUUCUUGCUGAAGUGGUGGAUAAGGAGUAUUGUUUAGCCAAGAAGCCAAACAACAGGUUCCGUGUACCUCAAGGAACUUGUUUCUACAGAGUCAAAUGCAAACCCUGGAAGUGUGACUCCGAUGCAGGCAGGCUGGACCAAGAAGCAAGUAGGCAUGUGAAGACAAUCAAGCAUGAUCCCAGUUCAGGAGCUCGGGCCAAGAAAUCAGAGAAGCAAGAAGAGCCCAUGAAAUACUAG